CGCCCUAUUUCUUCAGUACUCGUAUUGAUUUCUUGGUUUGAUUAGUUUUGAGAUGUUUUAUUUGGGCUUCGUAAACACACACACACGCGCUCUCUCUCUCUCUCUCUCUCUCUCUCUCUUUCUUCGUGCUCACUCACACACAUGAGGCAUUCGGUGAAUCGUCCGCCGACUCCAGACGCGAGGGAUGAGCAACAAAAAGAUACUACGCUUGAAGAAAUUAUCAACAUUAAGUUGAGUGAGAGUGGAGAAAAAGAACGAUUGAUGGAGCUUCUGAGGGAAAGGCUCAUGGAGUGUGGGUGGAAGGAUGAAAUGAAAGCUCUUUGCAGGGCAUUUAUAAAAAAGAAAGGCGGUGACAAUGUUACUGUGGAUGAUCUUGUACAUGUGAUUACCCCCAAAGGCAGAGCUUCAAUACCUGAUCCCAUAAAGGCCGAGCUGUUGCAAAGAAUUCGAACCUUCCUGGUUUCAGCUGCUCAUUGAUAUACCAGCCAUGUAUGGUAUGGCUCAUCUGGUUAAGGUUUUAGGAAGUCAUAAUCUUCUUGUUGAUUAAAAUCUAUUGGAAGAUUUGUCGGGCAUGCUUUUUGAUUGAUUUAACCUCCAAGAAAGUCCAUUUAAGAAAGUUUAAGAAAGUCCAUCAAACUGUGAUAGCUACUUUAGAGUCUGAACAAUUAUGCUUGUAAUUUUGUAAACCAUACUAAAAUCUCAAGUGACACUGUCAAUUUAGUUAUUUAACUUUGACUUUUAGUAAUCAGGUAAGUUCCAAUACGAAUGAAGAUUACAAUCCUUUUACUUCUAAA